GUUGAGAGGGCGGGCGCGACUACUGCCAGACGUUCGGUCCUGAUCCCGGCCCUAAUUCUGUACCCCGAACCAAAUCCCGAUACCCCCAUUCGGACGGAGAGCCAGCGCAGAGGCGGGUACAGCCUGUUCCCAGGUGUUGAUCCCUGGCCAGCAUGCCACAACUUGGCGCCCACCAGCUGUCCUUUGAGGAGCAGAAGCAGAGGGCAGCGGACAUCGUGCGCCUCCUGUCCAUGUACAUCGACAUCCUGGACUCGUAUGUGAUAGAAUUCUUCAGCGAAAACUUGUGGGAGAAGGUGCCCCGCUCCUGGCGGCCGACACUCUCCGCUUUGACUGCCCCACAGUUGGCGUCACUGCUGCUGGAGAAUGGAUCUUCUGUUGGCCAGGAGUCAGUUUGGCCCCUCUCCCUGCUGGCAUUCAGGGCAGCCGCCCAUGGCUUGGCCCUGCCCCGUCAGCCCCGGGGUGUCUCCCCACCGUGUGGGGCCAUCCCUGGGAGCAGCAGGGAGCCCGAGGAGUUCCAGGCCAACAGAAGCCAGAGCUCACGGCUGGGACACCUCUUCCGCAGGCACGUCCGGCCCAAGAAACAGCACGAGAUCCGCAGGCUGGCUGGGCUGGUGAAGAAGUUGUGCAAUGCUACAGGCUGUGAGCACGUGGUAGACAUGGGAUCAGGCCAGGGUCACUUGUCGCGAUACCUCGCCUUCCACCAUGGCCUACACCUGACCGGGCUGGAGGCAUCUGAGGAGCUGGUCACGGCCGCCAGGCGCUUCGACAAGGAGCUGCUCCUCAGCCUGGAGAAGGAGACACGCCGAGAGACUGAGGGCAUCAGGGAGCUGUCACUGCCUAGCCUGGACCCUCCUCGGCACCUGGUGCAUCAGGUGCUCUCUGAGGAGGAGGGGAAGCUGCUGGAGGAGCUGGGGCAGGGGAGUCCAUCCCUGGUGCUGGCGGCUCUCCAUGCCUGCGGGGACCUGGGACCAGCCACACUGCGCCUCUUCGCCCGUUGCCCCAGCGCACGGGGACUGGCUCUCGUCUCUUGCUGCUACAUGAAGGCCAGCGAGGAGAGCGGCUACCCCAUGAGUGCCUGGGUCCGCUCCCUGCCCGCCCACCAGCUGCCCUACAAACUGCGGGAGACGGCCUGCCAUGCGGUGGAGGACUUCGCCGAGCGCCUGCGGGGACAGAGUCCGGCGCUGCGCUCACACUGUUACCGGGCUGCACUCGAGGUCAUCAUCCGGCACCUACACCCUCACCUCCGGCGUCCUCCGCUACACGCAGCUGGCAAGGCUCACCUCCGCCCCUUCCCAGAUUACGCCCGGGAAGGGCUGCGGAAGCUGGGUCUGCACUCGGGAACGUCAUGGGACACAGCUCGGGUCGAGGCCCUGCUAGAACAGGGGAACAAGGUGCUGGCUUACUUCUGUCUCACCCUGAGCCUGGCUCCCGUCAUCGAAACUCUCAUCCUCCUCGACAGAGUCAUCUACCUCCAGGAGCAAGGCUUUCAUUGCCAGCUACUGCCCUUGUUUGAGCCGAAGUUCUCCCCCCGCAACUUCGUGCUGUUGGCUGUCAAGCUCAGUAGUCAGCUCAGUCAGCUUCUCUGCCCGGCAGAUGGGACGAGCUGCCCCGAGUGAAGUCCCGUACGUACAUGACAUUCGAUGCAGACGUCAAGAGGUCAGCUCAGUCAGCUUCUCUGCCUGACGGAAGGGUCUGCCUGCACCACGCCAGGUUCCGCACACUUCUGACAUUCAGUGCCGCCUGCCCACAGGAUGACAAGGCAGAGGAGAGGACAGCCAGCAGAGCCACCUCCGACUCCCAGCCGAUGUGCUUUGUGAACCCCAGCUCGGAACAUAGACAGGACAGCGCCGUGUGACUGUGCCUGCUGUGAGGCACCUCACUCACAUCCCACAGCACCACAGCAGAAGAUGAUCCUACACGAAACAACAUGCCUAAAUGACUUUUGGUCAGAUUCAGGAUGCUGAUGGUGAGGGGAAGAGUUCCACCACAGGAAAGGAUUAUGGACAGGAGAGAGUCCCACCAUAUGAGGGGAGUGCCAUCGACAGGGGAGCGUCCCACCACAGCAGGAAGAUUCCUUGUGCAGUAACACAGUGCAGUGUGGGGUCUUGCUCUGGCUGAAUUGAGGAGGGGCAGACGUCUCCAUCAGCAAAUGGUCACCUCCCCCUGCCAUAUAUGUCAAUGAUGGCCCACUGUAAACUCUGUCAGCUGUGGGGUAAGUGGAGACAGUGAGGGCUCAUUCUGUCUUCAUUGCAAUGAUCUUGGGAUGUUCCCACCUUACAUCUUCAGCCAUGGGACAUGCCCAGAGACUACUGCCCUUCUUCUCCUGUGUUUCUCAGCCAAUACCCUUGCUGAAAAUCACCAGUCGACAAGGUUGGCACAAAUACUCCCGCACUCGUUCAAUGGAAAGGAAUGGUUUAAUUUAAUAAUAGUCUGCAAUGGGCGGUUUACCCGUGGGUGAGAAUGGUACUAACCCACUCCACCACUUCCAUUCAAGCCAGUGAUCAGUACCAGAAGGACUUGCGGUGCCGGCCAGU